AAGAAAGAUUCAUAGGUAAGGAGCAAGCCUGAAAACCAUCUAGAGGCAAGGGAGUUGCGGAGCGACUACAAAAGUAUUCAGAGCAGUUGCGGGAAGUGAUAGAAGUAGAAGUUGUGGCUUCAAACUUCAGGUUUUGAUUAAUGAGGAUGUUACAUUAUGACCAAGGCUCUCAAACUUGAGGCUUUUGAGUAUAUGAGAACUAAGUUCGGAGUGGAGGAAAUGGUGAAGCACAAUGAAAGAGGAAAUAUUGAAGAUGAAGUGAACUGAAGC